CCUUCGGUUUGGAAAGAACACCAGACAGGCUCCGAAUAGCAGCAGCAGUGAUCCCGCGCAUUGCUAUAGCCACUGGUUAGACGAGGAUAGCGGAAUAGUGAAAAUAAGUAGCAGUGGUGUUAUAGUUGAAUGGCUGAUCCUGCCAAAAUCAAGUACCAAAGUGCAUGCAUACUGCGUCAACGAACAUAGCAGGUGUGGUGGAUUAGAAUUUUUAAUGCGUUUUUCUUCUCGGAAAAGAGGCAAAAAAUCCUCCUCAUUGUGGUCCACAUCUGGGCUGGGUGGGGUGUGCGUUGCUGUCAGAGUGAAUGUGUAUAACGCAGACAUAAAAUGAACAUGGUUUCAAGAUUGUUAUUGGUGCAGUGCUGCUAGCGACCAAUUGAUUGGUGAAACGGCAGGAUUCUUACUACGAAAUCGAAUUACGCCUAAACUCUUCUCCUUUUCCUAUUCCUCAUUAUCGCGUAUUCGAAUCAUGUGAAUUUGUCUGAAAUACCUGCCACUAGCAGCAGAAAUCGCAUUUGUUACUAUAUACUUAGUAAAACGAAUUUAUCACUUCGUAAUAGACUUCUCUCCUCGGGGUGAGUGGUUCCUUGUUCGUCAACAGAGCAUACCUACGUUGGCUCCGUGAUCCGAACACAAGUGCGAAUAGUUCUGCAGAAGGAGAUUGUGAAUGUUUUCUCUGGUUCAUUCAUUCAGUUACAAGAACCGCGAAAGGGCUGUUGUCUCUUGCAACUCCGGAUACCGAAGCGCAGCCAAGCAAACGAGAAUAGCAGUUAUAGUCUAAACAAAAAAAAACAACGCCUACACACCGGAUCCGCGUGCGAACGUUCGUGUCGGGAGCAUCCAGGACUUCUCGGCAGAUAACCAUUAUUUUCAACGUGCGACUUUCACUCCGGUAGCGAACCCAGCCGGGCGCUGCUGGUGGACCAACACAAAAUGGGAAGCUUACCAAAUUUGAACGAUCUGUCGACGGAGCGGCUGGAGCGGCGUUUAGAGGAACGCGAAAGGAUUUUGGCCCGGGACCGAAUCAUCGAGAGGGAUUUCGCCCGCGAGAAGGAUGCAGUGGGACGGGGACACGAACGGUCGGUGUUUGCACACCAGCAACAGAUCGCAGCCACUAAAACUUUUUUCCAGCAGAAACACCCUCCCAUGGGAAGAAAGGUUAUGCGAACUCGCAGCUCUGGCCAGGCUCACCAUAUUUGGGAUGACCCUUUGAUAGAGCAAUACUUCAACAGCUACUCACCAGCCUCGUCUCGCAGCCACCGCUUGAUAAUGGCGCCAACUCUGACCGGAGGUUACCCCUUUCAAAGCUCAACACUCGGCAACCGCCGACGAGAUUCCGGAAACAGUUCCAUAGGUGCUACAUCGGUCCGUCGGUUACUUACGGUCAACAAUCGAAGCUACGGUUGUCGACACAAGAUUCCUGCUCACGUGCGAUCGAAAGUCAUCAAAACCUUCAUUCUACUGACGAUUGCUCACGGACUGAUGUGUACAGCCUUGAUUCCAUUAAUUGGCCUUCAGGGUUCCAACUCUACGUGGUUCCAACAGGAACCUUGGCUCGCUAUGGGACCUGAUGUCGGAUCGGGAUUGCUCAGUUUGUGUUGUAUGGUGACGGCAUGUAUGUGCCUGGUGACGACCAAGAUUUUGCGGAAGUUUGGUUACGCGGUUCUACUAGCCUUAGUGUACGGAGGGUUGUGCGUGUUUUUGGCUACACAUAUUUAUCCGGUGCUCGUUUCGUUGGUUCCCGGAUAUCUGGUGCUAGGGUUGGUGUUGGGACCAUCCGUUAUUUGUAAGCAAGCUCUAGUGGUUUCAAUGGCCGGUAAACUCAGCUGCUCCCAACCGGAGUGUGGCGGCAACAGUAUGGCAGGAAUCAAUGCUGACAGCUACGAUGAUCAUAAAUUGCUUUGCAGCAAAGAUGAAAGUGUCCGCAGACUCUGCCGGUGGUAUCGGGUAGCGGGUGACUUUGGAAUUAUACUGGGCGCACUGAUAGCGUCCUUCAUCCUAACGUGUGCCUCAUCUAACAGAGCUGGAUGCUACUACAUAUCGGCACUAUCAUCCGUGAAUGCCACAGGAUCAGUUACUACUCAGUUCAACGGCACGGCCUCGAACAAUAUAGUUUUUAAUCAACCAUCUAUCGAAUUUGCUCCCACUUCGGCCAGUAACACUCAUGCGGAUCCCAAUCCAACCACUAAGGUGACUACUCCUAGUAUGCCAAGUUUCAGGGAAACCUUGUUUUUCCUGUACAAUAUCCGUAUGCACCACCACAGCAAAGACGAAGAGGACGGAUUUCAACUGGAUCGGUUCCCGUACAGCACAUUCCAAACCAAUGACCACGGUGAACGAAUCUGUGGAUCACAUCUUUGUCCCGUUUGGGAUCGGAACAUACCGCUCAACAGCAGUGAGCUGACGUCUCUAAGUUUACAAGGCUACAGUGGAACCAGCCCACUGAUGGGGAUAUACCUAAUUCUCGGGGUGAUUGCCCUUACCGUAACUGGCUUCACGACGGAUAUCGAAUACAACGUCAAAUUCGACUCGAUUCGAAAAAUGUCCGACACCUUACUGUUCGCUGGACCGAUGGCUUACUUCAUUGGAACCGAGCAAGGUUACAUGUUGGCCGAUUUCAUGAAGGCAUUCGUUUCGUGUGAGCUCGGUCCAAACAGUGUGGCCGGAGCCAUGAUCGGAAUGGGAGUUAUGCAACUGAUCGCCGCGUGCACCUUGAGUAUGCUACUAAGACAUACCAAACGGGUAGUCGUAAUAAUUGCCGGUUUCAUCUUCCACGCCUGCCUCCUUCUGGUUCUGCUGCGCUGGAAACCUUCGCGCGAUGACAGCGCCGUGUUGUACGUCAUUCCGGCCGCCUGGGGAGUAUGCAAUGCGGUCUGGGAAACGCUUAUCACUGCCUUGGUCAACCUGACGCACGCAACCAAACUGCCCGAGGUCGUUUCGCCGCUGCAGGCGCUCCGAUUUCUGGGACUGGGAAUCACAUUCGCCGGCCACGGAGUGCUCUGUGAGUCACCGAAAAUUAUCAUCUUGGCCAUUUUACUGGUAAUCUCCGUUGUACCCUAUACGAUGUUGGAACUGAAAUUGGAAAGCCAGCGGAAAGCCGCCAAAGUGAAUUUAUGACGAUUCUGUGCACACGACUAUUAAUGUUUAGUGAAACUAAAGUACUUCUAAAUGUGCAGAAUUGGAGGUAUUUUACAAGAGUAAGCUUUUAUGUAUGUAGACUGGGAGCCCAGUAAUCAACUGUUUGACGUUUUGGGCAGAUCAGGAAUCUGAAUGUAAAAAUCUUGGGUUUCAGACAUCGUUUACAUAUUCAUCGUAGAAAUUUGGCGUCCUAAAAACAUGGAACUAUUGUAACGGCUUAUUUGAUUUCUUCUGCGAUGUAAGAAAAUUAUCAAACAAUAUAGAAUAUAAUAAACGAUGAUAAAGUCCGGUUGUCAUGAAAUCAAGUUAACAAGAGAUCCUGCAAUUUACACGACAAUGGAUGACACAGUUUCAUUCUGUGUAAGCUGCCGAAGUUGUAUGAAUAUCGAAUGACUUUCCAGUCCCCGUUAGAUGAAAACUUUAAUGUAUAAGUAGAGAUCACAAGGUUUGAACUCGAACACUAAAAUGUAAUGUGAACAAUUAUCAAAAAUUCCAUGGCUUAAGAUAUCAUGUAUUUUAUUCAACUAGAAAAAUGCCAAAUGCCAAAUAAUUCCUUCUUAGAUAAGAAAGAGUUAUCAGUAGGGUUACCAAUGCCAAACGUUAUGAAUAUCGAGAGUAUUCAACAAGUGCGUAAAUAAUAAUGCCUUAGAGAAAACAAAAACUUAUAAAAAUUAAAAAAAACAUAAUUUGACCCUGCAUCCUUAAGAACUCCACCCGAAUGCAUUGUCAAUUGCACUACCUUGAGCAUGUGACGAAUCAUAUCCGGCAUUACGUUCUGGAGAUAUGUUUUGAUAUGCCUAAAAUCUGAAAAGACGUUUUCCGCGAGCAUUUGAGAUAUAUAGAAAAUAACUCGUCGACCACAUUAUAAAGAUAUGUAAACUAACAUAAUUAAACUAAUGAUGUAUUGAGUGAGCCGGUUUACUAAAUACAUUUUGAUGAUAUUUAGGAUGAUGAUGAUGUUAUGACGCCGUUUUAAAUUGAAUUUACGGCUAAUAACGCCGGAGUAGAAUUAGCCUAAAAAUCCAAAAGCUUUAUUUGACAGUAGCUUUUGAUACUGUCCAAGACAGCGCCAGUGCCAUUCGAAUUGUUUGCGCCAUGAUGCCUAAUAUCAGAAGGAAAACAUAUAGGAAUUAAGUUACAUUGAACCAAAAAGCGUAGUAGAAGCUCAUUUCUAAUAAAAAAAAAUUAGUGCUUUCUGCGCAUGCUACGAAUUAUUAUAAAAUCGGUGAAGAAUUUUUCUCAUAAUAAUUUUGUAGUUUCACGAGUAGAACUGAGCUUCAACUUCAUGAGCUUUCUAGUGAAGUUCAAUAUAUAUAUUAGAAUUGCUAUAACUGUUGGUAUUUGUGUUCUCAUAAAACUAUGUUGUAGGAUUGAAAAAUCAUGAGUCUGGAUUGUUUGAUGCUGGCAUUUUUGAUAGAAAGUAAAAACAAUAUUGAUAUGUAGUAAACUCGACAGUUUAAAUUAAGAUAAAAUUAUUUGAUAGACGAACCAGAUAACAGAAAUCAGCAGCGAUCAUAGAGCUAUUUUAAAUACAAUUGUGUUGAUGUUGGUAAUGUCGAUACACAAAGUUUGAAUAAAAGAUUUUAAUAUAA